AUGAAGUCGUUCACCCUCUCUGCUGCCGCUGGCUCUUUGGCAGCCACGCUGCUGCUCGUCGGCUCGUCCGUAGCACCGGUUGCUGCCCAGACCGCCGUCGCCAACGUCACCUCCAUCCCCACCGACAUCUCGUCCAGCUGCUCCAGCUUCCUCUCCACGCUCAACUCGGACUCGCAGCUCGACGCCUGCACAAAGCCCCUGCUCGCAGCCACCAAGUACUACUCGUCCAACUCGACCGACUCGGCCGUCCAGCUCGACUCGACGCUCGCCGAUCUCUGCUCCACCGACACCGGCUGCGACGCCAACAUCAUCCGUCAGCGUCUCGACCAGUUCUGGCAGAACUGCCACACGGAUCUGCAGAGCGGAAAUGCCAAUGUUCAGGCUAUGUACGAUAACUUGUACAUGAUCACGCCGCUCGUCAACUCGAUCUGCAGCAAGGAUAAGAACAACGAUUACUGCCUCAAGACGAUUGCUAAGGCUGCUGCGAGCUCUUCCAAGGUGACUUCGAGCAAGAAGCGCCGAGACGUCGACGACGAAGACGAGGAGGAGGAGGAUGACGACGAGGAGGGAGAAACCGUCUCGCAGCUCGUCAAGAGGCAGUCUGCCGCUGGUGAAACCCUCGGCGGCCUCUACAACCAAACGGAAUCGACCGGCAAAGCAAACACCAACGCCGCCUUCCUCUUCAUCUCCUCCUCCAGCCCCAAAUCCAUCCUCUGCUCGCUCUGCACCCAGAACAUCCUCGCCUCGUACAUCAAGUUCGAGACCUCGAUCCCCUACGCCAUCGGUCUCAGGACGUCGGAGAUCCUCGCUCCUCAGAGCGAUAUCUACAAGGCUGCAAAGACCGACUGCGGUCACGACUUUGUCGCUCAGGUGAACAAGAUCGCCAACACGACGCAGUUCGCUGCGGUGGUCAGUGGCGCUGAGUUUGCGGGGGCUAGGAAGGGUGCGGUUGUAUUGGCGACGAUGGUCGCAUCUGCGGUGGUGGCCGUCGUUGCUCUUUGA